AUGAGCCAUUCGCAAUCGCCUUUGGGCGGGUACCCGCAAUCGCCAGAUCCAACUUUGGCCGAUCCUCAGUGGUUGCAGCAACUGUCGACCCAUCCCAUCUUCAUCUCAAAACGCAGUCAGAAUGAUCAAACGUCCACGUCACACAUCGAGGCAGCUACUCAGUCAGAAAUCCAUACACGACUCAUGACGAUUCGUGGCACGGACCUCAUCGCUAUUGUCGACAACGAGGUCCGCAUCGCAUCCCUCGUCGACGCAAAAGCCUCUGCUUCCAACCAACCGAUCCUGCCAUCGUCCUCGUCAUCCACACGACUGGGCUCUCACUUCGCUUACAAGGUCCUUGUGCCGCCACAGGGAACAUCGAUUGACUUUGACAUCCGUAAUCUCAGCAUCAACCCCACCGGCAAGCUGCUCGCCUGCGUAGGCGACAGUCAGAUCACCCUCCUUGUGCUUCCCCGCACAGGCUACACGAAGCAUGUCGACCGAGAGAUUGCUUGCCGAACGGUGUCGGUUGCGCCUUACUAUCAUUCCGCCCACUCGAACUCCGCAGUGGUCAAGGUCGACUGGCAUCCAUGGGGUGAGAACGGCACCUCGCUUCUGGUACUGACGGACGACGGUCUGUUUCGCGAAUACGACGUGGCAAAGGACACCGAAGAGCCACAGCAGACCGCUUCCUUCUUGCCAAGACAGUCGAGCUCGGCUGGACACCGCUCUCGAUCACGUUCGGCGACUCCCGGUCUUGCACCUCAUACACGCUCAUCGUCUUUUGCUGCCAAUACGACUGGUCCCAGUGUACGGGGUUUUGGUCUCUCUGCAGACGACGACGAUGCUACAACAGCAGUCAGCUUCUCUCUGUGCGUCACCAACACCCCGUCUCCUCGUUCUUCGAGCUUCGAUCAGGAUGCAGAUCGCACGUGGGCUGCGGAAGCUCAGCGUUCCAGCGGACCGUCCGAUUGGUCGCCGCUCACCGUCUUCGGUUUGAUGAAGAACGGCGACGUGUGGGCUUUGUGCCCGUUCCUCCCAAAAAGCGCCACUGUCCCCGCUGCCUAUAUCCACAACCUAGCUAAACUUGCUUCCUACCGCGCGAACACCACUCAGUCGCAGCAGACAUCCCACGUCGACACGCAACUGCGCUAUGUCAAUGCGCUUCUCAAGCAGGCCCGCAAGGAAUCACCGAACGACUUUGGCGAACGACAGGGUUCGGUUACGCCUGGUCCUGAAAGAUUUGUACGAUCUCGAUCUACCUCCACUAUGAACCUGGAUGAGCUAACCGACUCGCCCAGAGCCUCGGUGCAACCGGAACAAGCGGGGUCGGGAGCCGAACAGAUGCAGGAGGGGCCCGUGCAGCUGCACCCGCCGUCGUGGUCAUACAGGCAGAACCUCGCUCAAGGCGGGAGUGCGAAGAAGGCACCGAGGCCGCAAGGGCCGUAUCUGCUCAAGCCGGCACCGGUCGAGCUCUGCGACGAGCGCGAGAGUGUAGCAUGCGACCUCAUUUGGACCUGGCUGACCGACGAAAGCACGCAAGCGGAAGCCUCCACGGUCGUGACAGGGGUUGCCGCGCUGAGCAUUGUGGGACACGAUGGACGCGUGGACGUCGGCCUCCUCUUCGAAUCUGUCGAAGCCGCGUGGGAUGUAUCGACAACAACGCAACACUCAGCUGCACGUCGUCCAAGCAAGCCGCGCAAAACCAACCGCUACGGUCUAUCAGAUACAGAGGACGAAGCGGAUGACUUCGAAGCACUCACCCUGGAAGAACCGGAAGAACUUCCCUCCUUGCUCGUCUACGAAACCAUCGACCUAGGUCUGCUGGACACAGCCAUCGACAAUGGCAUCACAUCUCCAUCCGCCGCUUCCGAUCUUCUGCUCAGCAAGGCCUCCAGCAAUAGACCUCGCUUCGUUCGAGACCCGCUCUACGGCGACACCGUCUACAUCUACCACGCUUUUGGCGCGCAAUGCCUCGGCUUCGCUACGUGGAUACCCAAGCUGCUGGACGCGCUCAACAAGCCGUCUCAAGAUGAGCUGGACAACGACGCGCACGACGACACCUCGCGCCCGGCGGCAGAGUCGCGCGAGCAGGCGCUGGUCAAGAUGCUCCACCAUGGUCAAAGCAGUGAGGUGGUGUGGAUCGUCAACACGGUUGCACAGGACAGCGGGGAGGGGCUGGAUCUGAAUCCCGUGACUGCGUUGGAGAUCUUGUCGGACGUGUAUCUGUCGUAUGCGUUUUUGGCUGUGACGGCGGAUUUGCAGGUGGUGGGUGUGGAGCUGUCCCUGCGUAUCGAGCAAGAUGCGAUCGAUUCGCCUGCGGCUGGCGAACGAUCUCUUGGACUAGAACGAGGUGGGUCUUCCGACGGCCACAAACCGUACGUUUCGCUGCUUGGUGAAGGACCUGCCUUCCAGCCUCCAGCCAUCUUUGCGCAAUCGACAGGAACCCAAGGCCUACCUUCACAUCCUCGUCGAGCAGCCCUCUCCACCCCCAACUCAAAAUCCGAGCUGCAAAUUACCCCGGAACUCCUCCGCACGCUGGGCAAGACCGUCGAAACCUACCGUCACGAGAUCCGCACCGUCGUCUCCGCCGGCAACGCCGUCCAAGCACGACUCGACCUCCAGGUGCGCGAGAUGACGCGUCAGCUCGAAAAGCUCAACGCCAUCCGACUGCGCUGCAACGACCUCGGCACGGCAGGAACGCUGGGAGAGCGUAUCUCGCAGAUCGCCCAGACGCAGCUGCAACUCGUCGCCCGGAUCGAUAAAGCACUGCAGCGGCUGAUGGAUUCGCACCAACCAAGCCUAUCGAUGUACGAGAAGAAAUGGUUCGAGGAACUCGAACGCAUUGCCUCUGAAGUCGGGGUUGCACGCUCAGGUGGAGAGUUCAAGGUGAAUACGAGGGGAAUGAGGAAGUCGCUGUCGGCGAAGGCCAAGCUGUUGGAGCACCAGCUGUCGCUGCUGAGACCGCAGAUGAGUGCUCUGCAGUCGCAAGCCGGUGCCGGUCGGGAAGAGAGGGAGGGGAUGUUGGGUGGGGAACAACUGAAAAGGGUGGAGAAGAUGUUGAGUGGGGAGGCGGCGAUGUUGGCGGAAGCAAAGGAGAAGGUGAACCAGUUGAACAGGAAAGUCGCUCAGAUCAAGCCAAACAGGGAUACGGGAACGGUGGGUGGUGGCGGGUUUGAUGCCGAUUCUUCGAUCUCGUUCUCCACCGUAAGCGGUGGGUUUGGCGGCGGUGGUGCAGGGUUGCCGACCAGCAGUACAGCGGCCAACCUGGCCGACUUUUCGAGAAGUUCGCCGUUUCGCGCUUCGCACUCGAGGACCGGCUCGAGCUUUUUUGCAUGA